CUGAGACAAGUUCGAUAACCUAGGGGAGCUUAACCUGCGCCGCAUUGCACGCAAUCUUGAUCUCCCCCGCCCGCUUUCCCCUGUAAAUCUGAUCCCUUGAGUAAUGGCUUCGACGAUUCAGCUCCUCAUUUCUUUCCUAAUCAACAAGGAAUAUCCAAUUCAAGCUAUUCUCUGCUCCUAAACCCUAAUUCCACUUCCCUCGACCUCCGAGAAAGAGUGAUUUCCGGGGUUUGUUUAGUUUACCCGUUUGAAGAUUCUUCUUUGCUUACAUAUGGAAGCUGAGAAUUUUAUUGUCCUCCUUGAUUCUGAUGAUCCCGCCUGUGAGAAUGGAGGUGGUGAUAAUUUUGAUAAGGAGCAUAUUGAAGUUGAUUCUCAAGGUAGUAGUUCCAAGGAUAAAGAAGAUACACUCGACAAUGAAGACAUAUGCCACAAGAGUGACAUUGAAGAUAAAAAUCGCAUCCGGCUGAAAGAAGCGGAUCCUGAAAAGGAUUUGAUUAAUGGUGAUUCAGACAUGGAAAUUGAGGAUUUGAACGGAGUCCCUGUUUUGACAGCUGCUGGCUAUGGACUUGAGAAUAAUGGGAUUGAUAGUUUUAGUAAUGACCCUAGACAAGCUGGUUCUCAAUCUGUAACUCUGGCAGAUAAAGACAUGAAAACAACAAGUGAAAAUCUUGUUUCCAACAUGGAUGGUGCUCAACGUGAAGAUGGUACUUGGAAACUAAAAGCAAUCCAAGAAAAGGAUUUGGCUGACAAUUCAUCCCUCUUGCAAGUGAAUGUCAACUUGACUGACACUGCUGCAGUUGCAGAGGCAUCGAAGACUACAUUUGGUUGUGAAAUUGGUCGUGUUGCUGUCCAAGAUAAGAUUUCCAUUAGGACCAAAAAGAGAGAGGGCUAUUCCAUUUCAGGUGUCAAGAGAUCCCGGGUGAUGUUUGAAGAACAACAACCUUCAGUAUGUGUCAAAUUUAAUUUCUUAACAAGAUCUAGUAAAUAUAAGCUGGAAGAGCUAAUGCAGCAGUGGUCAGAGUGGCAAGCUCAACACCAUUCCUCAUCCCAGGAUCCUCCUGAGGCACUAGAAUCUGGUGAAGAGACAUACUUUUCUGCUUUACAUAUUGGCUUGGAGAAAGCAUCAUCGGUGCCUUUCUGGAUUGACAAGCAAACAGGGAAGCAACAGAACAAUGAAUUGAGUCCCUUGGAUUGUAACUCUGUGCCGCUAUAUGAUCGUGGAUUUGCAUUGGGUUUGACAUCAGAUGGUGGUUCCAGCAAUGUGGAAGGAGGCUUGGAGAUUGUAGAAGAUGCUGUCCGUUGUUUUAAUUGUGGUUCUUACAAUCAUGCUUUGAAGGAAUGCCCAAAGCCUCGCGAUAAUGUGGCUGUCAACAAUGCUCGCAAACAGCUUAAGUCGAAGCGAAACCAGAAUCCCAGUUCACGUAAUCCAACUCGAUAUUAUCAGAAUUCUCCAGCUGGAAAGUAUGAUGGUCUGAAGCCAGGAACUCUUGAUCCUGAAACACGAAAACUUUUGGGUCUAAGGGAGCUUGAUCCACCUCCUUGGCUUGGUCGGAUGCGAGAAAUUGGAUACCCACCGGGAUACCUUGAUCCAGAUGAGGAGGAUCAGCCAUCAGGUAUUACAAUAUACGCCGAUGGUGAAGGCAAUAAAGCAGAGCAGGAGGAUGGUGAAAUUAUUGAAGCAGAUAAUCGCGAACCACCAAGGAAAAUGACUGUAGAAUUCCCAGGAAUAAAUGGGCCAAUUCCAGAAAAUGCUGAUCGGAGAAUCUGGACAGCUGCCCCAGCAAGUUCAGAUAUUUACAGGAACCGAUUGCUCCGCAGAUCUAACCAUUCUUCGGAACCCACCGGCAGAAGUCAUCAUCGAGAGGAAAGGUGGUCCAGAGAAUUCAGAGAUGAUGGACCCCCUGGUGUUGACCAGGGGUUCAGCCCAGCCAUGUCAACUUACCUACCUAGAUAUGGUAGUAGUUAUGAAUCAAGUUACAACUCUCACAGUCCGAGACUUAAUCCACCCUUCGGAAGGUUUGAAUCAGACAGAGGCAGAAGAAGCCAUAUUCGCGAUGAAGAUUAUGGCCAUGGUUCUUUUGGUUCGUCACAUUACUCAUCCCAUGUCUCUCCAAAAGAGUAUGGUUCCGCUAGAUAUUGGGUUGAUGAAAGCAGGAACGACUACGAUUUUGAUUAUUCAACUCUUAGUAGGGAAAGGCAAGACAGGUAUCGCCAUCUUAGUAAAAGGUAAAAGGAGUUGUAAUUGUAAUUUUAUAGCUGUAAAAGAUUAUAGAUUAGUUCACCUGAGAUAGAAAAUGGGGAGGGAUUUCUAUAAAGCAUUAGUAUUUUUGGGUGCUAAAGCUAUAAAGAACGAGUUGGAUCUUGAUUAGUUUAGAUGACCAGUUAAAGUAUAAUUCUUCUAGUCUUAUACAGAUCGUUUGUGGCUGAUAGAUUUUGAGAUGUAGUUCUUUGCUAAUUGAAUAUUAAGAUGAAGUUGAACAAACAUAUAUAUGUAUAUUGGAAGUAAUUUGUCUAAUCACUUGUUUCGAUG